AUGUUCGGCAACCUCUUGAAUCCCGAGUCAGAGGAGGCUGCCCCUGCGCCUCAGCAGCAGCAGCAGACCGAAGGUGACAGCCUGGGCUCUGUUCAGCAACUGAAGCCCAACGGCCCUCUUCCAGGUGCCCAGUCAACGGAGGCGCCUGGCGAGCUGCCCCGUCCAUACAAGUGCCCUCUCUGCGACAAGGCUUUCCACCGCCUUGAGCAUCAGACGAGACACAUUCGCACUCACACUGGCGAGAAGCCGCACGCCUGCCAGUUCCCCGGCUGCAGCAAGAAGUUCUCCCGCUCUGACGAGCUGACCCGUCACUCGCGAAUCCACAGCAACCCCAACUCGAGGCGAGGAAAGAACCAGUACAACUCGGGACCCCAGACGCACAUGCAUUCGGAGAACAUGAUGCCACCUCCCAAGACGAUUCGCUCGGCGCCCACCUCGAGCCUGUCUUCGCCCAACGUCUCCCCGCCUCACUCCUACUCCACGUUUGCGCUGCCCACGCACUCUACUCUCCACCACUACGGUCGCGGACCCCAGGCCAACCCCAACAUGGACAUUUCCAUCCUGGCCAAGGCUGCGAACCAGGUCGAGCGCGAGACCCUCGCAGCGCCUCCGCACUUCCGCCACCACCCCUACAUGCACAGCGCCCGCGGCCACCCUUCGCUGUCUGCGUACCACAUGUCAAGGUCUCACUCGAACGAAGAGCACGGCGACGACCACUACUCGACUGCCUACAGGCACGCGAAGCGAUCACGUCCCAACUCGCCCAACUCGACAGCUCCCUCGUCGCCCACCUUCUCUCACGACUCGCUCUCUCCUACGCCUGACCACACGCCAAUUGCCACGCCCGCUCACUCGCCUCGUCUCCGCCCCUCUGACAACGAUGUUAAGCUGCCUCCCUUCCGCAACCUGUCCCUGCAACCGACGUUGCAGCCUGCCCUGGGAGUCCUUGAGCCUAGGCCCGAGGCGCCGUUUCACAGCCCGCCUCAGGCUCCCGCCGGCGGCGCACCCACUCGCAGCAACGGCGUCUCUCUGAGCGACAUCAUCAGCAGGCCAGACGCCAGCCGCAAGCUGCCCGUGCCCAAGAUUGGUGUUCACGAGCUGCUGACAAGCAACGAGGGCUUCAACAGCGGCAGGAGCUCGACCACGGGCAGCCUUGCCGGUGGUGAUCUCAUGGAUCGGAUGUAA